AUGCCCUCAACCACCCCAUCCCUCUCCCAACCAACCCUCUACACCUCCUCCCUCAUAAAAUCCACCCCCACCCUCUCCGCCGCCCUAACUUCCCUCAUAAACUCGGCCUUUUACCGUUCAGCAUCCUCAGACCCGCGCUGGGACGCUACAGUCCCGCGCUUCGACUCUGCAGACGAGCUAUGUGAGAUGAUAGGAGAUGAGCGGAGUGUGGUCGCUGUUAUAUACUAUUCUUCUGGUCGCUCGACUAGUACGCUUGAUGAUUUUGAAGGGAAAGAGGAGCAAGGGGAAAUGGUAGCUUGUGCGGCGGCUAUACCCUGGAAGGGUGGUUGGCACCGCGAAGGGGCUACUACUAGGGAAGGUGGUUGGGAGAUUAAAACGGUGUGUGUGCAUGAGAGGUUUGUUGGGCGCGGGCUUGCGAGUCAGUUGGUGGGGUUUCUGGGCGACUACUAUCUGUGUACUACGCGUGCUUCUGGUACGGUGGAAGAAAGGGAGCAAAGAAAGGUGACGCUCUGGCUCCUCGUCGCCGACAAUCUCAACGGCGCGUACUGGCGGCGCCGCGGCUGGAGCGAAGUCAGGCGCAGGACCGAAGGACCGGGGGUGUGGGGGUGUAAGGGGGAGUUUGACAUGGUUGUUUUGAAGAGGGAGUUAUGUGGCCCAGCAGUAUAG